GCAGUUGUUCCCCAUCCAGUCCGGUGCAGUGUUUGCAAACACCCUGAGCACAGAGCGAGAGAAGAAGGGGGGAUCACUCACUCACUGACUGACUGACUGGCGGACUCGUCUUCUUCUCCUACUGCCUCUGAUACAACACAUUCUUCUUCUUCUUUGUGGCAUCACUGGGGAUCGCUCUCCUCUCCCUCGCCGUGUUUUCUGGGGCUGUUUUCUACCUGAAAGUGCAGCUGAAUAUUUUUGUAAAACACGCUCGGGGGAAAAAUGGAUGUUCUACCCAUGUGCAGCAUCUUUCAAGAACUUCAGAUAGUUCACGACACGGGCUAUUUCUCCGCCUUACCGUCACUGGAGGAGUACUGGCAGCAGACAUGCCUGGAGCUGGAGCGCUACCUGCAGAGCGAGCCUUACGUCUCCACGUCCGACCUGAAGUUCGACAGCCAGGAGGACCUCUGGAGCAAACUGAUCCUGGCGUGCGGGGACAAGGCGAAGUCCGAGUGUGACCCCACGAUGCCCCGCGCCCACGACGAGGACAAUCAGGACAGCCAAAUCUUGGAAACCAACAGCGUGAAUUCCGACGCCAGCAGCGAAGCUUCGGACAGUUCCGAGGAGCUCUCGCCCACACACAGCUUUACCUCCAACCCCCUCGGCUCCGUCCUGGUCGGCUCUGGACCUUUUAGCCCCUCCGUUAUUAGCACGCCGCCGUCCUCUCCGGAGGCCAGCUCGGAGCCCGGCGGCGUGACGAACCGCUGGGUGGCAGAACACGCGGAGCUGCACUUGCCGGUCAAAAUCAGGAGCGCGGGGGUGGCAAAAAGCACGGAAAAGACGGGACUGAUCUGCGGGGAGGCUUCACCUGACGGCAGGAGGAGGAUACACCGGUGUCAGUUCAACGGGUGUCGCAAGGUUUACACGAAGAGCUCGCACCUAAAAGCACACCAGCGCACUCAUACAGGUGAGAAACCGUACAGGUGUUCAUGGGAGGGCUGCGAGUGGCGUUUUGCACGAAGCGACGAGCUGACCAGACACUUCAGGAAGCACACCGGGGCGAAGCCAUUCAAAUGUAGUCACUGUGACAGAUGUUUCUCCAGGUCCGACCAUCUGGCCCUCCACAUGAAGAGGCACAUCUAAAGCAGGAGGGGUAGGGGGGGCGAGCACCAACCAAGCAACGCAGCGAAAGUUUUUAAAAAGAACAAAAAAAAAAAAAAACUUAAGCGCCGUCUCCCGACCAUGCAGUCUCUUGGUUGAACUGUCCCAGAGCAGAGUGGCGGGAGUGUGUUCCAGCCAAAGCAUGCCGUUUUGCACCAUACUGAAACCCAGUGCCUCCGGGACCUCUCUUUGGAGAAAAGGCGCUCUUGAAGGUUGUCUGUUGCAACAAGAGGACAAAAUCACGGACGAGGAAGAAGAACUCUUUUUGAUUCUGAGAAGGACAUACAAACAAAAAUAGACAAAAAAAAAGAUGGAGUGAAUGAUUUGUAUGUAUGGUGCAUGAUGUUUUGGGGACAUCUCCCGGACAGCAGAUACACUGGUACUUUAUGAAACUGUCUGAGGUAAGCAUGUGUGCACUGUGAAUGUCUGAGAUUGGAUCACCGGCCCCCGAGGAGAGAAGAUUUUUUUUUGAGAGAAGAGAUGGAUCGAUUGAUGGAUGGAUAGACGGAGCGGGGCUGGCUCCAAUGUUGCUGUGGACUGAGUGGGUUUCUGGGGGACGGUUGUGCUCCCCCAGGAGGUAGGAUGGAGGUUCCUGCCUGUCUGUCUGGCACCCAGACCAGGGACGGGGGGGUUCUCCGAAGCUUUUGAGGCCUUGGGUUUGUGACUCUUGGACCCAAACUCCCCCCUCCCCCCUGGUCACCGUAUGACAGGAGCUUUUCUUUGGUGUUUUUUGGUGCAGCUACUAAAUGUGCAAUGUGUUAUGUAGCCUGGUUUAUUAUUUUUUUACAAGCUACAAAGCUCAUUUGUAGUCCAAUUGUAUAAGCUGUGUGCUUAGAGGUAUAACACAACUAUACUAUAACUUCAGUAUCAUAGACAGGUGUUGCAUGGUUCUAGGGUUUGUUCAUUUCAUGUUUCCACUGUAAUCAGGACUGCAAAUAGUUUGAAUAAAAGUGCAGCUAAAGUGCGAACGGUUAAAUGUUACAAUAUUGUACAUAAAGCCUUGAUGAUUUCCUCUUUUAGUUUUCACCCUCACUCUCAUCCGGCUGGAGAUUUCACCCCUGCUUCCUCAUGUUCUCAUUCAUCAUAAGCCUUCAGGAGUUGAUUUUUGUACUUUUUCUUUUUCUAUCUAAUAAUGCACUGUUGACCUUAAUGGUGCCUUAUGCAAGUGACUCAGCCCGGAGGCAGCGGGGGGGGGGGGGGGGGGGGGGGAUUUUAUUUUUGCUCCCUCUAGAAGUCACACUUGUUGUUUGGGUGAUUUGACAAGCUCGAUCAAGGCUCAAUUACAGAUUACCUCGCACCUCUUUGUGUUUAAUGAUGGUUGUUUUUCAACCAUUUCCAGCGUUAGUCGUCUUGUAAAAGUGGAAAUGUUCCUAAAUGCACCUUUUCUCAGCCGAUUGAUUUUUUUGUGUUUUUGAAUCAGAGCACCAGUUUAGUUGAAGUCAGAGCAUGCAGACGAGACACACGCUGUAUGUUUAGAGCACUUAAAUUCAUUUAUUAAAGAUGUUAACUACUGUGUAGUAUGUUCUCAAGUCCAUUACUCACAGCUGUGAGGCCGAGCUGCACAAGUAGUCAGUAGAGCAUUAAAAAAGGAAACUAUAUUAGCGAUCCAGCAGACAUGUUUCAAGCUAAAGCUAUUAUCCUUUGCUAAUUUGAGCUUCCUAAAUGUGAAGAUUUGCUGUUUUUCUUUGUCAUUUUGUCACAAAAUGAAGAAUUUGGGGGAUUGACUUAUCGACCCAAAUGAUUAACCUUGAAAUAAUGGUGAGUUGCAGCCCAACUCUGAGGUACAAAAACAAAACAGACUAGAUGAACAAAAAUGGCUUUUUGCAUGUGGUUUAGAAGCUCCUUUCCCCCUGUAUCCCACCAUCACCAUCCUCUCCCUCCUGUCCCCACUUUGUCCCCGCAAGUGGGACUGAAGAAAACACUAAAGAUUUAUUGUAAUUAACAGGCUGCAGUCGGACAGGCCUCGCCUUGUACUGCCUCUCAGUAAUGAAUUGCUAAAGGCUUUGUUGGCAUGGAAUCUGUCACAGACUGCUGACUGUGUAGGUUGGUUAUUGACCAGUCUGGGGAGCGUUGUUUUAGCCGAGCUGCUACAGUGUUAUGAAAACCACAGAGAGGGAGGAGAUAACAGAUCAAACAUUGACGGUGCAGGUGUAAAUUUGUCAAAAAUCCCAAGACAGCAUCCCCCUUUGAGGGGAAUCUAGAUUGUAUUGGAGGUGGAGGGAGUGCAGGGACUCAGCACUGUUUCAGCUUGAACCGAUCCACUCGAGUUCAGACACCUUGCUGUAAGAGUUCGAUGUUGCAGCACGUUGCACCGCGGCAUGCUACAACUUAUGGAUUUCAGAUCGGCGGGUGGAGGAGACGGGAUGAGUACAAACUUGAAACUGCUUGCUGCGAUAGAUUUGGGAGUUGCUGGCGCGGCCUUUUGUGACCGAGAGGAAAAGAACAUCCAUUCAAUGAAAACAGAAGCCGAUACCGUUCGAGCAGUAAUUGAGCCUUGAUUUAGCUCCAUGUUUGCACGCAUCUUUUACACUUCUCAUCAUCUUUCAUCCCACAACUACCCAAACUCUUCUGUCACACACACACACCAACACACACAAACACACAGCUCUUUGUUCUCAACUGAAUCUUUGUAUAAAACGAUAAAAAAAACACAACUUUUGUAAAAUUGUUAUGUUUAUGCUUUAUGAAAUUUUUAUUUGAAAUUGUUUUGCAAAAUUGUUAUAUUUCUGUAUGAAUGUAUUUUUUAUUGGAAUAAUAAGAAAUUCUUAUCUGA